GCGAGUCGUUUAAGCAAGAAGUGUUUUUGGCGUAGCGGUUGUGUUAAUUGUUUUCGGAUGAAAAAAUGUUCGUUUUGAAAAGAAAAAAUUGAGAAAUAAAAAAAAACGUGUGAUAAAUCCAAUAAAAGCUAACUCUCAAAGCACGUGCCUUUAAGUUUUGAACAUAUUUUGUAUUACUCUUAAAGAACUCUGACCGCACAAAUAAAUAUUCCCUCAUCCGCAGACGUAAAACCCGGUGUAACUACACUCUCAACAUAUUCUCAAAAUUUGAAUUGUGCCAGUGCUCUCAGUAAAUGCUAUCUUCAUUAAAAUAUGGACUACGAACACGUCAUUUUAAAAUAAUGUAUACAUACAUUUAUAAACAUUUCAUAGUCCAAAUAUCUAAACAGUAAAUAGAGAACAAAGUAUUGCAAAAGUUUUAGUAAUUUAAAUAUAAAAACAAAUAUUACCAAUCUAAACAGUAUUAAGUUAUAUUUAAAUAUUAAGUGUCAUUAAGUAACACCAAUAACCGUCAUAAUGGGAUACGACGAUGUUAUUGCACAUUUGGGUGAUUUUGGAAAAUAUCAGAAAAUUAUAUAUUUUCUUAUCUGUCUAACAUCAAUAACCUGUGCAUUUCAUAAACUUGCCGGUGUUUUCCUGCUAGCUAAACCGGAUUUCCGUUGCGUGCUUCCAUUCGAAAAUUCAACAAACCAAAAUAAACUCGAGUAUGAUUUACCAGAAAAUGUAUGGAAAUUGGCUUAUCCAAAAGAUUUGUUAGGUGUAAACUAUCAAACAUGUUCAUAUUACAAUGUAGAGUAUACAUCGGAAUAUUUAAAUAGUAGUGAACCGAUUGCUGCUACUGAAACCGUAGAGUGUUCACAAUAUGUCUACGAUACGACAAAAUACCUAAAUAGUGCUGUUACUGAAUGGGAUAUGGUGUGUGGACGUAGCUUCCUAGCAGCCACUAGCGAUGCAAUGUUCAUGUUGGGAGUCUUGGUGGGGAGUAUGGUUUUUGGCCAGAUGUCAGAUAAAUAUGGUAGAAAACCUAUAUUUUUCGCAUCGCUAGUAAUUCAGGUCGUAUUUGGAGUAUUGGCUGGCGUAGCACCGGAAUAUAUAACAUAUACUGCAUCACGUUUUGUAGUGGGUGCCACGACUUCUGGCGUAUUUUUGGUUGCUUAUGUUAUUGCCAUGGAAAUGGUGGGUCCUAGUAAGAGACUGUUUGCUGGCAUCUUUGUUAUGAUGUUUUUCUCGGCGGGUUUUAUGUUGACAGCAUUGUUUGCUUACUUUAUUCACGAUUGGCGUUGGCUACAGAUUGCUUUAACACUACCCGGUUUAUUAUUUAUGUGUUAUUAUUGGAUUAUACCCGAAUCGGCGCGUUGGCUUUUAUCUAAAAACAGAAAAGAAGCAGCAAUAGCAAAUAUACAGAAAGCUGCACGUUUCAAUAAGGUGACAAUUCCUAUGGAUGUACUUAAUCAGUUAUUGGAUGAUAAUACUGAAGAAAAGAAACCCGAGACCGAGGAGUCUGAAGUAAAGCAGCCAAGUGUGCUGGAUCUUUUACGCUAUCCUAAUUUAAGAAAGAAGACUUUAUUGAUAUUUUUCGAUUGGUUCGUGAAUAGUGGCACUUACUAUGGACUUUCAUGGAAUACAAAUAAUCUUGGUGGAAAUGUUCUGCUAAAUUUUGUGAUAUCUGGAGCCGUUGAAAUACCAGCUUACAUAUUUCUUUUAUGUACACUUAAUAAAUGGGGACGUCGUUCUAUAUUGUGUGGUUGUAUGCUUGCCGCUGGCACAAGUUUACUGCUCACAAUAAUCGUUCCAGGUAAUAUGAAUUGGCUGAUUAUUACGUUUGCUAUGAUAGGCAAAUUGGCAAUAACAGCGUCUUAUGGUACCAUAUACAUAUUUUCUGCCGAACAGUUUCCAACUGUAGUGCGCAAUGUUGGUCUGGGAGCUUCUUCGAUGGUUGCCCGUAUCGGAGGCAUUUUAGCACCAUUCUUCAAUAUGUUAGCUGAUAUAUGGAAACCGCUUCCGUUAAUUAUAUUUGGAGCAAUGGCAUUUGUUGGCGGUUUACUUUCACUUCUGUUGCCAGAGACUCACGACAAACCAACACUUGAGACUAUAGCCGAUGGCGAAGAGUUUGGUAAAGGAAAUAAGUCUGAAGACUGUGUGUUAGAAAAUGGCAAAGAACUUAAAAGUUUAAAUAAAUCGGAAACUCUACCUCUAAAAUCAACAACUAACGAUCAAAAUUUUAAAAAUUAACUAUAUAAAAAAAUUAUUAAUUAUAAAACUAAAAUGCUUAAUUACGCAUUUGGUUUGUAUUAUGACCAAUAUAAAAAUAAAAAUGUAGUACAUACAUACAAAUAUAAAGAGAAAUUAAAAAAAUACACAAUAUAUUUUCCUUAAAAAAA